UAUUUGGCACUAAAUUCUGAAUCAGUCGGCACUAUUGCAUCCGCUGAGCACAUGUAUAGACUGCGACUGCACCUCAUGGAUGGAAGCCGGCGGUAGAAGAAUAAAUCAGCUCGAGAAAAAUGUGCUGCGUUUAAAUUAAUUAUUAAUUGAAGACAGUUAAAAUUUAAAAGUUUAACUAACUGUUAACCAUUGUUGUUCGUGGUCUGGCCGGUCAGAAUUAGAGUUGCUCAACAGAAUUAAUUGAACUUUCAAAAUCCGCAAAUUUUUGCUCGUCAGGCCCUUCUGAGAAGGGAAUGAAUUAAGUGAACUUUCAAAAUCCGUAAAUUUCUCCUCUCCCUCAAAAUGAACCAACUUCGAGCAUCUUUACAAAUCUUGUCCUCCCCAUUUUACAACGGGUCACUUUUAAGACAGCAAUUCCUUAAUGGAACCAGGAAUUGUUCCUUCUUCCUCCAAAAGAAUUAUGAAGGAUCAUCAUCACCAAAUUUGAAACAAAUCUACAUUCUCAGAAGCUUCUCUUCAUCCCAAGAAGGCGACGCCCGACCACAAGAACACGUCGCGGAAACUUCAUCCCACGACGAACCCACCUCUUUCCAACAAGAACCCGAAGAAACGACCCUUCUCCACCAAGAAAUCGACCCAGUCGCCAUUGUUCCUAAAUCCACUUCACGACCACCCGCACAAAAAGAAGACCCCAACGACCCCGCAUCCAUCACUCAACGUCUCAUCCAGCUCUCCACAUGUUCCCCGGAGGAUUACACUCCAUCCGCCAAGCUAAAUCCGGACCUUCUCAAGAAAGCGAAAUCCCGAUAUCGCGAAGUUUUACAAGACUACAAAAACAACUUCAGUCGCAACGAGUUUCUCAGGCAGAGAAUGAACUCGAACAAUAGCAGUUAUCGACCCAGGUUCAAUAAUUCAAAUUAUGGCAACAAUCCCACCUGGAGGAAUAGCAACAGGAACGAGGAUUAUUACGAUGAUCACAAUGACGGUGGGCGGCGCUGGUUCUCAACUUCGUCACCGCGAGGAGACGAUGAUGCAAUGCGCGAUCGCAUGAAACAAUUAACGGCGUCCAUGUCGCAGAAUAAGCAGGAGGCCACAGAACAUGGAGAGGAAUCGAGUAAUUAUAAAUAUAAGAAGGACAGAAGAGAUGAAGAAUAUUUCGAAAAUAGGGGACGGUCCGAAUCUAGGCAGAAAUAUAACAAUACUAAAAAGAGACCCCUCACCCAGAGGACUAUGCCAAAUUAUGACGACUACAAUGAUGACGAUGGUCAUGGAGAAGAAGACGCUUAUCCAAGAAGAAGGAGUCAGAGUCAGAAUGACGGAGAUUUUAACGAUAACCCAAGACCAAGACGUCGCAAUUUUUCGGAGAAUAACGACUUCAAACAGAGACGAAAUUUUAACCGAGACGAUGAAAACAAUCAUAAUUUUGACGGAGGUGACGAUCGCCGCAAUUAUGAUCGGGGGAAUAAUCGACGUAAUUUUGACCGUGGGGACGAUCGACGUAGUUUUGACCGGGACGAUAACAAUCGUAAUUUUAACCGAGACGGUAACAAUCGUAAUUUUGAUGGUGACGAUCGACGUAAUUUUAACCGAGACGGUAACAAUCGUAAUUUUGACGAUCGACGUAAUUCUGAUCGCGGUAAUAAUUACGGUGACAAUAGGAGAAAUUCAUGGUCCGAAGGAGGGAACCGACAGCCAAACUCGUACAACAAUAGGAGCCAAAACUUUUCCGGUGGUGGUGGUGAAAGCGGUCGUUACAACUCGUAUAAUAAUAAUAACAUCAGCCAUUACGAUGACCGAAGACGUCGCGAAGAUCACCGUGCCGGUCCCAACUAUAAUAAAACAUUGGACGACCUUUACGAACGGAAAAUCCGCAAAACAACCGAUGACGAAAUACGAUUUCAAAAGUACGGACGCAAUUAUGAAGAGAUCUACGAUCAGGAGAGGGCCAAGUUAAAGGCGUACAAAGAUCCGAAUCGCUUUGAUAAGAAGUCAACUGCUGUUAUCGGAGAUUAUUCAAAAUUCACUUCCAAAACCGGACCCACCACCACCACCACCUCCUCCUCUCCCUCGUCCACUCGUUCUUCCCCCUCCACCUCCGCCUCCACCCCUGAUGCAUCCCUCGACCUCUCCUCCCUCCUCUCCCACACUGACGCCGACACCUUCGGCACCCUCAGCUUAGGCCCCGUCCCCGUCAAAGACUAUGUCGGCACCUCCCUCAAAAAAGAACUCCUCUCCGACUCCGUUCAACUCGGCCUUGUCGACAACAUUUACGACGACGACGCCGAAGGCGACGACUCCAAAUUCCUCCCGGCCCGUGAAGACAAAUGGACCAUGCUCAAACUGUCGCGGAGAGUGAAACUCCUCGUCGACGAGAUGAAGGUCAAAGAGGCCGUCGACACGGUGCAGUCGGCCCUCGCACAAGGCGGCUUCCAGUACUCGCACACGCAAUUCGUCUACAUUUACAAUCUCCUCAUCUCCUCCUGCGCGCAGGUGGGAUACGUCCAAAUGGCUUUCAAGAUGUUUAACGACAUGAAAAAGAGAGGCUUCAAACCGAAGGAGUCGACGUACACGAGCCUUUUCAACGCCUGUUCGAACUCCACGUGGGACGCGGAGAAUAAUAUUAAGCGGAUGGGAAGGUUGCGAGAGGCGAUGGGGACGGAGGGUAGUGUCGUGACGCCGAAUCAGAUCGUGUAUCAUGCUAUGAUUAAAGGAUACGGACGUAACGGCGACAUCGAAUCCGCCUUCGGCGUCGUGGACGAAAUGAUUUCUCUCGGACAAUACGACCCCAACACGGAAACGUUCAACAUGCUCUUACAAGCCUGCAUAACCAAUACGGAGAACGGCUUUCGACACGUGCUCGUCACAUGGCGGAAAAUGCACGCGAUGCAGAUCCGCGCCGACAUUUACACCUUUAACUUGCUCCUCAGGGCGGUUCGAGAGUGCGGAAUUUUGCCGGAGCCCGCAUUCAUCGAGGCGGGUGCGCAAAAUGUCCGCAAAAAGAAGGCGGACGACGAAACCGGGCUGCUCCUCCCGCCCGUCACGACGCUCGAAGAGAGUGACGACAUGCUCAACCUGCUCUGCUUAAAUGAUGCCAAUUCUCUCGAUAAGAUUAACCAGAGGAUGCUGACAACUAAUCAAAUUGUGGAGCAGGAAGUUAGACAGUUUUCCUAUAUUGAUCUCAUCGAGGCGUUGAAACUUCCGCAGAAUAGGCUCAUCGUUUUCGGCGGACUGCGUGGCUUCCUCCAAGAAAUGGUGACAAGUCGGGUGGGACCCAAUUUAAAAACGGUGACAGAAUUGGGACAAGUCAUCCAUCCGUCAGACAUUUCGGAUCUCGUCAUGAUGAUGAAAACGUACAAACUGAACCCGGACAUUACCUUUUUCAACCUCAUGUUAAAACGUUACUACGACGGGAACAACUCCGUCGGGGCGAAAAAGCUGCUCGCCUGCUUCCCCCAGUUCAACUUAACGCCAAACAUAAUGACCUGGGGCGUGUCGGCGACUGCAUGCAAAUCAAAAAAGAUGGCGAGUGAACUUUUAGCGGAGAUGGAUGCGGCAAACUUCACACCGAAUAUUCAAAUUAUGGGCGCCCUGCUCACCCAAGCGAGCCGCGCUUUCGACCCGGCCUACGUCUUCUGGGUCAUGGAGGAAGCAAACCGCCGAGAAAUCAAGGCUGACACGAGAUUCGUCCUCAAUAUUGAAGAUUUUAAAGAAGUCGUACGAAAAGGAAUAAUUAACAAGGAAAUGGGGAAGCCCGUCACACCCCCCAAGUUGGCCCUCCUUCUCGAAGACAUGGACACGUUCACCCCUCUCUGGACCAAGUUUGGUUAUCGGUAUGCCAGCUGGAUGAAAAAGACGCCCGUCGCCAUCGAGCCGAAAGACCCCUUCCAAGAGGACUUUGAAUCCUUCCGGAAAAAUAAGACGCAUGGAACCGUCACGAAAGAAAUGGAAGAUCAAAUGGACAAAAAAUCUGAUGAGGAUGACCAAAGUGCCAUUAAUAACAAGAAUUCCUAGUCCUUCCUUAAUUAGUUAAUUAUGUAGAUUAGUUAGUUUUUGUUUAUUUAUGCAAAAUAAAUAUUUUUAAGAAUUUACA